AUGGGCAGGUUAUUUUUUUAUGUGCUACUCAUAGCUACAUUGUUUGUUUCGUUUUCCUUGGCAAAAAGGAGCAGAAUUACUAGCGAAGAGAAAGAAGAGUUAGCAGCGAUUGCAGAAGAGGAACGUGUGACAGCCGAAGCAGUUGCAAAGGGCGCUUUACGGGUGGGUUCUGCAAACGUGCUUGUACCCGAUGCAUCUUCUGAACACCCUCUUAUUAUUUCUAACCCCGAAGACCAACCUUUAUGUAAACCCAAUAUCACUCUUACCCCCUCCCACCAAGUAAAUGUCAUGGAAGGUUAUGAAUUUAUGGUUCUUGCCAACGAGAUCAAAAAUCCACGUAAAAUCAUAUUUGAUCAAGCCAACCAUCUUUUAGUUAUGUCUCCAGGAGAAGGUCUAUAUUCCGUUCGUAUGGAUGAAUGUGGAAAUUCAGACAUCAAAUUAAUUUUAGAAAGUGAUGAAAUGGACCAGCCUAUCGGCCAUGGUGUUGCUAUUUUUGAUAGACAUAUCUUUGUGUCUACUGCUAAUUCCGUAUACAAAUUCCCAUAUAGCGAUGGUCAACAUUCUCCUAUUCAAAAUGGUGUCAAGGUGAUAACGAAUAUUCAUCCCGAUGAUCCUGAUGCGGCUACUGAUGUUGCAGUAGACCCUUUUGGUCAUGUGUUCAUCCCUCGUAUUGUCACCGAUUUAAACGCCAAAGUCACAGCUAAAGAUGCCAUGAUCAAAAAGUUUAACCUCCGUCUUAUUCCCGAACAAGGUUUUGAUUAUGAGAAAGACGGUGAGAUUCAGGCCCUUGGUGCGAAUACUCAAGGUAGCAUGGGUUUCGACGCUCAAGCCCGUCUAUGGGGUAUUAAUGGUGUCACAUCUAAUAGCAUUGUUAGAGAGGAUUUAAGCUCUGAAGCCAAUCUUGCAGUUUCUGGUAUUGCUGAAGAGAUGAAUUUAUAUGAAUUUCCAAAAAUGAACUAUGGUUAUCCUUACUGUAUGACUGAAUUUGACAUGUUGGGUGUUUCAACCUUAGGUAAAGGUUUAGGUACACAAUGGGGACACCCAACCUUCAUGAACGACACGUUUAAUUUGGAUGAAUAUUGCCAAGACGAAACAUCCAAUCGCCCUCCUUCUGUGCCCCUCCCUUCCAACUCUUAUGCUUCCAGUGUUCACUUUUACAUGGGAACUUUUUGCUCAGUUGGCGAUCUGACUACUCAAGGUUCCUCUGUCGGUCUUCCUUGUAACUGGACAGAUACACCUAUCAUUGCUAACCACGGUAUUGAUGGUAUCUCCGGAGGACACAAUGUUGUUCGUAUUCACUUUGAUGAUGUCGGACAUAAACCUCGUUGGGAUUUAGAGCCUGAUAUUAUCUUACAGGAGGCUACACCUUGUAAAGGUGCGGGCUGUAUCAGUCCUUUCGGUUUAGCUGUAGAUCAAUUUGGUCGUUUGUUUAUCAGUAGUGAUGAGACUAAUGAAGUAUUUGUUGUAUCCCGUAUUUACAACCAAAAUGCCGUUCAGAUUUUGACAGAUAGAGCUAACGCAGAUGAUGGAGAUGAUGAGGAGGAUGAAAAGAAGCCUGAAAAGUCUGGUGAUAAAGACGAUGAGGAACUCGGUGAUAAGGAAGACGAGAAAUAUGAUAAGGACGACGAAAAAUCUGAUGAUAAAGACGAAGAGUAA